AUGAGGGGAGGCAAGUUCCAGCAGAAGGUGGUGGAAGAUGGCAGCACUCGGAACUCGGAAUCGCUUUUCGAGACUCGUUCUAUCGCGGAUAUCGUUGCGAUCGAGGCGCGCACGAGGAAGGAGGUGGAGGAGAAGAAGGAGGAGCUGAGGCAGCUGGUCGGCGCGAGCUAUCGCCACCUCAUUGAAUCCGCGGAUUCGAUUCUCGACAUGCGCAGGUCGUGCGAGGCUGUGGUGCGCAAUGUGGCAGCUAUGGAGUCAGACUUCGCGUUGCUGCACAAAACAAUCUCCACAACGGCCACCACCACCCCUGCCGCUGAUGCCAAACGCAAGCGCAAGGAAGCCCUAUAUGCGCUGGGCAGCCGGGUCAAAUACCUGGUCGACACGCCAGAGAAGAUCUGGGGGUGUCUGGACGAGCGAAUGUUCCUGGAAGCUGCGCAGCGGUUUAUGCGUGCAUGGGAGGUGCACCAGCUGCUGUCGCCCUCCCUGGGCUCAAAAGGAGCAGCAGCAGGAGGAGCAGGAGGAGGAGGAGGAGGGGACGGCGCAGCAGCCGGGGGGUGGCAGGCGCAGCAGCAAGGGUUGAUGGCGUCGUUUCCGCUGCUGCGGCACCAGUGGCCGCUCGUGGAGACGUUUCGCACUCAGAUCGUUGAGAGGAGCAGGGAGUGUCUGCAUGAUGCAUCCCGCAUUCCAGCAGCAGGCGUGGGAGAGUACGCAGCAGCACUGGCAGCGGUGGCAGUGAUGGAAGAGCUCUCGUCCCACGACCUGCUCUCUCUCUUCCUCAACGCCCGUAGAGCCUGCCUGCGCUCCCAGUACGCAGCAGCGCUGGCAGCUGUGGCGGUGAUGGAAGAGCUCUCUUCCUCGACACCAGUAGAGCGCCUGCGCUGCGCUCCCAGGUGGGUUUGUGGGGUAAGAGAGUUGGAGAAGAGAUUGGCGGGGCACGCAGUACUUGUGGCAGCGGUGGCAGUGAUGAAAGGGCUCUCGUUUCAUGACCUCCUCACCCUCUUUCUUGACGCCCGUGGAGCAUGCCUGUGCUCCCAGAGAAAGGGCAAGGAUGAGAGAGUAUGCGGCAGCGCAGUGAUCCCAUUCCCUCCCACCCCUUCCAUUACCUCCCAACCCCUCUCAUGCCCGUCCUCCCUCCAUUCCUCCCUGUUGCAGCUCGCCUCUGCCACCUUCAGCUCUGGGCGACGGGGGCAGCCUCGCAGAUGGGCUAGUGCAAACCAGUCCCCUCGCAGAUGGGCUAGUGCAAACCAGUCCCCUCGCAGAUGGGCUAGUGCAAACCAGUCCCCUCGCAGAUGGGCUAGUGCAAACCAGUCCCCUCGCAGAUGGGCUAGUGCAAACCAGUCCCCUCGCAGAUGGGCUAGUGCAAACCAGUCCCCUCGCAGAUGGGCUAGUGCAAACCAGUCCCCUCGCAGAUGGGCUAGUGCAAACCAGUCCCCUCGCAGAUGGGCUAGUGCAAACCAGUCCCCUCGCAGAUGGGCUAGUGCAAACCAGUCCCCUCGCAGAUGGGCUAGUGCAAACCAGUCCCCUCGCAGAUGGGCUAGUGCAAACCAGUCCCCUCGCAGAUGGGCUAGUGCAAACCAGUCCCCUCCCUCCCAACCCCUCUCAUCCCCUUGCAUCCUGUCCCAACCCUUCUCAUGCCCGCCCUACCUCCACUCCUCCCUGUUGCACCUUGCCUCUGCCGCUUCAGCUCUGGGCGCCGGGGGGGGGGGGGGGGGGGGGGGGUGGUGGGGGGGGGAGGGGGGGUUUGCUGAUGUGCUAGCACAAACCAGUCCCCUCCCACCCCCUCUCAUCCCCUCUCAUCCUGUCUCAACCCCUCAACCCCUCUCAUGCCCGCCCUCCACUCCUCCCUCCCUGUUGCAGCUCGCCUCUGCCACCUUAGCUCUGGGCGCUGGGGGGAGUUUUGCUGAUGCGCUAAUGCGAACCAGUCCCCUCCCACCCCCUGUCAUCCCCUCUCAUCCUUUCCCAACCCCUCCCAACCCCUCUCAUGCCCGCCGUCCCCCCACUCCUUCCUCUCUGGGCGCUGGGGGGAGUUUUGCUGAUGCGCUGGCAGCACUGCUCAGCCAGCUGGUAGCUCUGAUUCAGGUAUACCAGCGGCAGGAGGUAUAUCAGCGACGGGGCAGCUUUUCCUGGAAGUUUCCUCAGCUGAAAGGGCGGUGCUUCUUUGGGUGCUGCUGUAGGGAGCAACCUGCCGCCCCUAAACCUCAAAAUGUAUUCCCCAAACCCCCCCAUUUCCCACCCACCCGCCAUCGCCGCCACCAGCUCACGCUGUGCCAGACGGGACAGCUGUUUCUGGAGGUUUCUUCAGCUGAACGAGCAGUGCUGCUGGGGGUGCUGCUGCAGGGAGCACCACAGGCGCAGCUGUUUGGCGGCAUCCCACGCCCCGACGGGGAGCUGGCGCUCUGGCACACACACAGGGACGCUCUAGAGGCCAGGCUCCCGUCUCUCAGCAGCAAGGAGGUGGCAGACGCGUGCCAAGACUGGCUGAAAGCAUGCGCUGCUGAUAUUGCUGCUGAGUCCAAGAGCCUUCUCAGCAGGGUGACCCAGAUCCGCCACCUGGCGCAAGCAGAGGCCGCCACGCGUGCAGCGAUCACCAACAAGGACAUCUUUGCUGCCAGCCUGGACUGGCUGACGUCAGCCUUCGGCUGUCCCCCGGAAUCCCCCUGGCGCGCCCUGUGCGAGCUGCUACUGAAAGAGCCCAAGGACCUAUGGAGCGAGUUGUUUGAGGCCGCGUUCGCACUUAGAGCGCGGGAGAUUAUUGACGGGGCGUUUGCGGGAUUGACGCUGAGGGAGGAGAUUGACGGGGUGUUGAGGGAGGUGGGGGAUGUGGUGGCUGUGGCAGCCGUGGUUUCAGCACAGAAUGCUGCUGCUGCUGCUGCUGCUGGUACUGGUGCUGGUGCUGCUGGUGUUGGCGCUGCAGGUGGUGGUGCUGCUGUGGUUACGGCUGCUGCUCGUGCUAUUGCCAGUGAGAAAGCAGCAGGUUUGGCAGGAGGAAACAGGAGGUUCGGGGCAGGUUGGGCGACACUACCCCCUCUCACUGACGUUAUAGGCCAAGCAGGGUUCGAAGAGACAGGCGGGUUUGCUGUUGGGGAGGCAGUAUGGGGCAGCCCGGGAGAGGAGCUGGGUGCGGUGGGGCUGGGUAAAGGUGGGGGAGCAGGAGGAGCAGGUGGAGAGGGGAAGGAGGGUGGGAAAGAGGGUGGGAAGGAGGGUGGGCGGGGGAACGGAGAGGCAGUUUUGCGUGGCACGCAAGUGUAUGAGCCACAGGUAGCGGUGGUAUGGCAACAGCUACACUCCAAAAUUCAGGAGAUUCUGCUAGAUGCCCUCACUCUCCUCCUCCCUCACUCUGCACUCGCUCCCUCUGCCCAUCCCUCCACCACCUCCUCCUCCUCCUCCUCCUCUUCAUUGAAUUCUUCUGCCCCCGCCUCUGCCGCCGCUGCUUCGGCAGCUUCGUCGGCGUCCCGAACCAAGGAGUUGGCCCCGUACCUGCAGGAUCGGUGCCACGAGUGUGUGAUGCGGCUGGUUAGGCUGCUGGCAAGCAGGCUCGGCGACCUGCAGAAGCAGCAGCAGCAGGCAGAGGAGGCAGAGCAAGCUGAGAAGACGGAGAAGGGGGAAAGGAGAGGAGCACGAGAGAACGGCAGUGUUGAGAACAGCUCGGAAAGUGCGGCAGCAACAGCAGCAGGGGAACGAACAGGAAAUGGGUCAGGAGGAGUGUUGGAUGCAGGAUCACGAUCCAACGGCCCAGAUGCAGCGAUUGCUGCUGGGAGGUUAUCCGCGCAAGUGGCGGUCGAACAGGCUCUUCUGAUUGGCCGGCUGGCAGCGGCUGUAGCGCAGAGUUCCUCCUCCCUAGCUGUGGCGCUUGGCCCUAGCUCCACCUGGCCAGCUGUAGCAGCAGCUGCUGCCGCUACAGCAGGCGGCUAUACCGCUGCUUCGGCUGAAUCAACUGCUUCAAGAGUAGCCUCAGAAGCUAGUACUGGGGCGGUUUAUAAUGGGGAUGCUGAGAGGGAUGGGUCGAGGGCUGGGGAGCCAGUUCUGCAGUGGCCCUCUCAGGAGGUUCCAUUUGCAGUUGCUCAGUUUGCUUUCACCUCGACCCUUGGAUAUCUUGCUUCUAACCCCAAGGUGCUCUCCCAAGGUGCUCUCCCAGGAUGCUCUCCCCAGAUGCUUCUAACCCCAAGGUGCUCUCCCUAG